AUGGGGGCUAAAGCAUCGAAGUUGUCUAAGGACGACUUACAAAGCUUAAAGCAAUCAACGUAUUUCGACAGGAGAGAAAUUCUACAAUGGCAUAAAGGCUUCCUAAGAGACUGUCCUAAUGGUCAACUAACCAGGGAAGAGUUCAUGAAGAUAUACAAGCAGUUCUUCCCUUUUGGUUCGCCCGAAGAGUUCGCUGAGCAUGUUUUUUCAGUGUUCGACAAGGAUAAUAAUGGGUGUAUUGAUUUUAAGGAAUUUAUUACUGCUUUGAGCACCACAUCGAGGGGCACGCUGGAAGAGAAGCUGAUAUGGGCAUUUCAACUUUACGACCUAGAUCAGGAUGGCUUCAUAACUUAUAAUGAGAUGCUGACGAUUGUUACUAGUGUCUAUAAAAUGAUUGGGUCGAUGGUGAAGUUGAGCGAAGAUGAGGCAACUCCAGAACUACGAGUAAAAAAAAUAUUUAAAUUAAUGGACAAGAAUGAGGAUGGUUAUAUAUCUUUGGAUGAAUUCAGAGAAGGGUCUAAGGUAGAUCCUUCGAUUCUCAGUGCGUUGAAUCUGUAUGAUGGGUUAGUGUAA